UUGCAACUCAAUUAUCCACUUCCAAUUCGGAGCAACUGUUUAACAAAAGGCAAACGGAACUGGAUCUGAAAUAUGGUAAUUUCGCUUGCAAAGAGUAAACUAUCUCACAUCAAAUUGCCUUUUUUAAGAUGGCCGGAACGCGAGCUAGUCGUAGAUGCAACGGUCUUACAAGGAGAGUCCCAUAUAUAUGUAUCUGCUGAAAGGAAUUGCUGAAUGUUAAAGUGCUGGGAAGUUAAAUCUAGCCAGCAAGUAUAUAGCCAUGCUACGCGAUCUAACUGGAAUAAAUGAAUUGUCCAAGACAACCAUGUUGUUAGAAGAUGCUGAUGUUAACAUAAGGACUGGUAAUCACAGAAUAGCCAAGGCCAUUCUAAAUAAUAUGGAGGCAAACAAGGAGUUCAAGUAUUACUUACAGCGUGUUCCAGCGUUGCGCAUGCGGGGCAAAUUUUUCAUGGACUCUAAUGCAGGAAGUCUAUCAUCCGUGCUUCAUUUGAAAUUAAAUGCUUCUCUCAAACUGCUUAACGAUUUUGUCGAACAUAAGGAUACGUUGCAGGAAAAAUUUCCACAAAUUUUUAUAUGGCAAGAGUUUGCUGCUUUUGAGAAUGAGCUUCGUAAGCCUGCCUAUGCGAAAAUAGCCAAAUAUGCGGAUUGAGAACAUCAACAGCUGCAUCUACAAUCUAACUCGUAAAACGACAUUGUUACCAGUUACUUAAUGCGAAUUGUUGUUUCUUUUACAAUAAAAGAAAAUUAAAGUGCGAAAAGGUCAUAUUAAUCUUAAACUUAAUCUUAAAACGAUAAACUAUUUAGUAUGAUAGGUC